AUGGGUCUGUUCUUUUUCCCUCGUAGACUCCGGGCUGAAGACCCCGACCCCGAAAGCCUACGUGUGGCGCGGACGGCUGUCAAGGGGCUCGUAAUAAAAGCACUUGCUCCCCACUGCAAGGACCCCCCGAAGCAGCCGCGGGCCUUUGGUCUUUGCUCUUUCUUCGACUCCCGCCCAGUCACUCGCAAACCGUGCUGGCGUUCACGGCGGCCCUCCUGCAGGGCGCAGCAGCGUCCCGUCUCGACGCCGGCGAGCACAGCCGCGGGCCAAGAGGACCACCGACGGCUGGUACGAGCUCGAUCUGGAGUGAUGGGUAAUGAGAGUCGAUCACAUCACAGCAGAGGGGGCCAGGGCGGAUACGAAGCGCAACAUGUUAUGAUGGCUGGCGUAGAUUCAUAG